CAACCAAUCCGUUGUCAUAAAGAUAACAGCAUUCCUCACUUCCCACUCUUCACUUCUCUUCACUUUGCCCAAAACAUCCUCUUCUCUCUCCCUCUCUUUCUCUCUCUCUCUAGCCUAUGAAUAUGAAAAUGAAGAUGAAGACAAGUGUGAAGAUGGGGAGGAGGGGUUUCAUGUGCCAGUCCCCAGCAGCUACUGCUGUGUGCAUGACCGGUGACCCUCGCUCAGUAAUACUGCCAAGGAGGCCUGACCAUGCUCCUACAUUGCUCAACAACACCAACAACUACACUCGGCUUGUCGAGUCUCGCCGAUUUGGUUCGGCCGAUAAGAGAUCAUCCAAUGCCCUCGUGCCAUCUGUCAAAACUGAUCGAGCUAUAGACCGUGAUCGAAAGGCCAGGGGUGACAUCAUUCAGCAUAGAUUUGGAGAGCAAGAGGGUGACAGUGAUGGGACACGUGUCACCAGUAGGAGUCUUGGAGAGCAUAUCAAAGGUGAAAAGAGCAGAGUUCUGGCCCUGCUGAUGGGUUUUGGGUUUACUGUAUUAUGGUAGAAGACACCACAUGGUGCCAAAGUCCUAAACCUUUGAAUUUAUAUGUAUGUUUUUGUAUUUUUACCUUGUGUUUUAGCUUAAUACUAAAAAUCUAAUCAAUUUAGAAGUGGUCCCAAAAUAAAAAGAGAGAAAGAGAUGGAUAGAAUUAUGAUCAUGUGGGUGGGAGCAGCAUUGAUAGUGAUGGGGUUUUUUAUGAGACACCUUUAUCAAUAUUUCUAAAUGCGAAAAUUUAUGGUGUGCA